AUGAAUUCCACGGAAUCGAUGAAGCUGCUGUUGGCGGCGAGCGGCGGCGACACUGUCAAGCUCUUCGACAUCUCAACGGAGCCACGGGACCCCUGUGUUCUUUCCUACGCGCCAUCUCCGAGUUGCCGAGUCAACUCAGUCAAGUGGAACUGCAACAAUUUGGUGGUGGCCAGUGCCGGCGAUGAUAAGAAAAUAUCUUUUCGUUGGAAAAAUGGACAGGGUUUGUGGACUGUCCCUGCCAAAACCGAUAGUGGGGAAAGUAUUGAGCCACAGGAGACUAUAUCAACAAUCAGCUUUAGCAACAAAGGAUCCCGAUAUCUUUGUUCUGGCGGAACUGGUAAAAUUGUAAGAAUAUGGGAUUUGCAGAAGAAGCGAUGUGUCAAAUGGUUGAGAGGUCACACUGAUACAAUAGCAGGUGCAUUGUACAACUGCAAAGAUGAGCACAUAGCUUCCAUUAGUCGUAAAGGGGAUCUUAUACUUCACAAUCUUGCUUCUGGUACAAGGGCUGCUGAACUGAAGGAUCCUAAUGGACAGGUUUUGGGGGUGCUCGAUUAUUCUCGAAUGAGCAGGCACCUUUUGGUUACUGCUGGGGAUGAUGGAUCCAUCCACUCGUGGGAUACAACUGGUCGCAGCCCAAAGGUCUCUUGGUUGAAGCAGCAUUCUGCACCAACUUCCGGCAUUAGUUUUUCACCAUUAAACGACAAGAUUAUUGCUAGUGUUGGUCUGGAUAUGAAGUUAUACACUUUUGACUCAGGAUCUAAGAAGCCGACUUCUUGCAUUCCUUAUGAGGCACCGUUUUCUUCCCUGGCAUUCACAGAUGAUGGACUAACCCUGGCAGCCGGUACGACAACUGGUCAGAUUGUAUUCUAUGAUGUUCGUGGGAAGCCACAACCAAUCACUGUUCUUCGUGCUUACGGGAAUUCUGAGGCUGUCUCAAGUCUUUGCUGGCAGAGAUCAAAACCUGUAAUUGUAAAUGAAAGCAGCUGCACAGAUGAAACUGCGCUCCUGGCAGGUGAUGUAGGAGACUCAUUUUUGAUGCCUGAUCCACUUCCUUCUAUGACAUCCUCAAGCCUUUCUAUGUCCACAUCAGUGUUCGGAUCUCGAAAUCCUAGCAAUUCAGAAGAAACAUCUGUUAGAAGCAGCUUCUUGACAGGUGGAACUCUGGCUAGAUUACAUGCACCUCGCAGUUAUAACUUCAAGGAUGAUAUGGAGGUGUUUUCUCCACUUGUGGAAGUUCAACCAAUUACACCCUCCCUUGAUAAAUUGUGGGGUGAUCGUGAGGGUCCAAAGAAAGACCUAGAUAAGAAACCAUCUUUUCUGUAUCCUUCUUCUAGGAGGUUUGCUCUUUCAGAGGAGGAGGCCAAUGAUAGCCAUCCAAUUUUUGACUGGAAAUCCAAUUCAACUUCCAAACAGGAUGACAUGCAUUCUACCUUGUCACAAUUGACAUCCACCACUGCCCCCACAUAUGGUGAUGACUCCUCCAUAACUCCACCAGAAUCUUGGGGUGGCGAGAGAUUUUCAGACAAAUUAAUUCACCUUCGUCAGUCAGUCAACGCACCUUCUCGUUUUUCAAUGUUGACGUCCAGCAGUUUAUCAUCAGGAUCCAUGCUGUCUGGGUUACAAGAUGUUAGUCUCCCAACAAGUCAGAGCACGAGCACAAGCAGUCUAACAUCAAGCCUGGGCCUGGCCAAUUUGCGUGUCAGGGAAACCUCCCAUCAAGAAACUCUAUUAGGAACUUCAGAACAUCUUGCCCAAAACCUUACGGGUAAGGGUAAUGCUGAUUCUCUCAGUCCUGCCUUCUCUCUUCAUAGAAGAUUCUCCAGUUAUGCCGAGAGAAUAGGUGCUACACCAUCCUUCAGCGAUGCAGCAGUAGGUUCACCAAAAACUAAGAAAACUGGAGCAGAAACAAGGGAAGAACUUCUUAACAGCCUGUUAUUGCGGUCUGGCAUGUCAUCUGCCACUGAAGCUGCGGUCGUUCCAACUAUAAAUGGUGAAAUCCCACAACUUCAGGAAACUUCAUUGCAGCCCGAUUUGCAGCAGGGAACUUCAUUUACACUUCAGCUGUUUCAGCACAAACUUGAAGAGACUCUUGCUUCAUUUCAGAAAUCCAAUCAUGAAGACAUUCGAAAUCUUCACAUAGAAAUUUUAAGACAAUUCCACAUGCAGGAGAUGGAGAUGUCGAGUUUCAUGGGAUUGAUCUUGGAAAACCAGGCUGAGAUUAUGAAGGAAAUUCAAUUGCUUAGAAAGGAAACGCAGCAGCUGCGUCAAUUACUGUAA